AUGCAGCAUGAAGCUGUAGACAGCACAAACACAGGCAUCAUUGAUACUAUGGAUGCUAUGAACAGUGACUUUCAAUGGGAAACAGUCCCAGAUGACCUCAGAGACAAUGAGACCUUUAUGCUCGCUGUGCAAGACAUUGUCGGUAGCCACGCUUAUAUUCGCAGUGCACCCACCAUUGAAACCCCUGCAGAAGCCCUGAUCUUAAAUGGUUAUCUGGGUGCUACUCCUCAUUCUCCAACUAUCGCCAUCUCCUUGUCAACACUUGAGCUUUACAGACGGCUGUGUCUGCGCAAACCUUCACUCAGUGUCGAGGCAUUCACUAAGGUCCUUUGCGACCUCUAUCAUUGGCCUUAUCACCGGAGAUAUUGUACUGCGCUUGCCAGUGCUUUCGACGUCUAUCUUGCAAUUCACCGCAACAUCGAUGCUCAGGUUUCGAAGACCCUUGGACGUGAUUCCGAAAACUGGCAAGUGCUCAAUGCAUGUCCGCCAUGCACAUACGAGGUACGUAAUGCAAGGCACUUAUUUGAUGGGAACAACUCGCUGUCACGUAUGGCACCACUGGGAGGUCACCAAAUCGGUGAUACACGUUUAUUCAAGAGCGACUACUACCUCGAGCCUGACUACAUCGACACAUUUGCAUCACAAUCGAAUAUGCUACCAUCAAAUGAUGCGAACAUCGACCCCACUUCUCAAACACACACUGGGGAGGACCCUGGACCUUUGAACACGUCACUAGCUACGUCCGCAUGCACAGAUAACUGGAAAGCUGCAGCUGCAGAUGUGAAGAAGAAAUCGUGGGGAAUAUUUGAAGAGACGGGAAUCUUUGCAAGCACUUGUCGUCAUGGUCUCAUACUUUGGAUUGGUGAUAUGGUUCGUAGUGGGGAGCUUUUCAAGUACCCCCUCACCAUUGUUAGCAAAGCUCUUGAGACUCUCGGAUCACGUCUUCUGAUUGGAUAUGAUGUUGGCUGCAAGCUUGCUAUUACUAUUGCCUCUAGCUCACUAGCGCAGAGGUUCAAUGAUGCAGAAUAUUGUAUGUGUGUUGAUGCAUUCCAUGGGUAUACCCACAGUUAUCUCUGCCAAGACAAGAACCACCCAAACGUCAUCAAGGGCAUGGGAAUUGAAGAUCUUGCUAUGAUGGAGUGUAUUUUUAGCUCGUCCAAUCAACUCGCUGCUGUCACUUGUUACGCCUCAGCAUACAACCGUUGUGUGUCUAUUGAUUCCUUCUUCAAACAGUGGGACGAAGACAAGUACCUCAACCUCGGUAACAUGUUGUAUCAAAACUAUGUUCAAGCGUGUCAGAUUAUCAAAGAACAGGGAUCUGCUAUCCGGGAAGCCAAAAUUUCACUCAGCAUUUCAGAUGAUGAUCUCAAGACGUGGUCUACGGAACAAUCGCAGUACCUUGCAACAUCAGGUCAGGAGGCCGAGUGGGAUGUUCACGCUGUUGCAUAUGUUGAACUUCUUCAGAAACUCAGGGAAGCGAGAGCAACCUCAGAAACUGCUUCUGCGAUGUUCCUAAAUGCCACACCAAUGAAUUACGAGUUCAUUAUACCCACCAGCACUUCCUCUUCCUAUUCUAUGGGUAUAACCCGACGAUGGGAACCAGCUGAUCAUGAGUACCUAGAGACCCUGAAAUAUAUGUUGCAGCGUGAAUAUCAUCGCACGCUUGACAAUCUUCAGCGGCUCGUAGUACUUCGGCUGUUUGAACUUCACAAACUCAACAUCUCUCAAAUGGGUUAUCGGAUGCGCACCCAUAUCGCCAAGUCCUUGCAAACUCGGUGCAAGGCCAUUCAGACUGCUGUCAAGUCCUAUAAUACAGCUGCCCUUGCCCUUGAGCCACCAGUGCCUAUGCUGGACUGGUCUAAAUUUGCUCUCUUAUGCUGGGCUGAACCGGCAAGCCUUCGCAUUGAUUGUCGACUGCACACUGCUAUCAUUGAUGAGGAAGCACACUUCACCCGGGUCAUUCUGGAGGCCAACAAUGCCAGUGAUCCUUUAUGUGAGGCACUCAAGGAAUUCUGUCGACGCCGGCAGCACAUCAAUGCUCACAUACUUGCUUGUUUACAGGACUUAUAUUCACUUCCUGGCUUCGCUGGCUUGACGACACCGGACAAUGCAUUGGUGAUUUCGGAGCAUCAGAGACUCGAGGAGGACGAUGCUAUUGCUGGUGAAGUCGGCGGUCUACUCAAUUACAUAUCAGAAUUACAGUAG